AUGGCUUCGAAGAUCGUGGUCAUCGGCAAUGUCAAUUGUGCCUUUCAAGAAGUCUUCACCAAACUUGCUAAGCUUCAAACAAAACAAAACUUCGCUUUUGCCAUUGUCGCGGGAGACCUCUUCGGAGAAUGCACCAGUGAGGAAGAUCUGAAUCAAAUCUCGGGACUUCUUGCGGGGACUAUUAUCGUCCCAUUGCCUACUUAUUUUAGCGUUGGCAAGCAUCCGAUUCCUACUCGGGUUGUUGAAAAGAUUGAGGCCGCUGAUGAAGUGUGCCCGAACUUGUUUUUUGUUGGCCGAAGGGGCACUUUGAAAACCUCUGAAGGCAUAAGGCUCGCUGCUCUCGGAGGAGAGCUAGCCGCAGAGGGCUCUUCAGAUCCCAAGAUAAACAACAGAUAUCACUCUGUCUACUCGGAGUCGGACGCGCGAUCUCUCUUUGGCGUCCACAACACUGAUAUCUUGCUCACGUAUGAAUGGCCUAAAAGUAUCACGAAUCGAUCGAAAGUGACAAUACCGGAGGGCGGAGCUGCGCCUGAAGGGGCUCAAUGUGUGGCUGACGUUUGCUCAACGCUGAAACCACGCUACCACUUUUCAUCGAAAGCCGAUUUUUUCUACGAACGAGAACCGUUCUUUCACAUGCCGACGGACGACAACCCAGACGCAAAACCUCUCACUCGCUUCAUCAAUCUGGCAUCGUUCAGCAAGACUUCGAAACAGAAAUGGAUGUAUGCAUUCACGCUCGACCCCAAGGCCGCGGCACCUGACACUGUGCCUGCUGGGACGACCAUUUCGCCUUUGGCAACUGUUCCCCGAAAGAGGGGGGCUUUGGAAAGCCAGAAUGAGGGAUUCCAGCGCUUUUCGGGAGGUCAUGAUCACCGACCACAGAAGCGGGCCCGACGACCUCCCCCUGGACCGGGAGAGUGCUUCUUCUGCUUGUCUAAUCCUGACAUUGCCACGCAUUUAAUUACUUCGAUCGGCGAAGAUGCUUAUAUAACAACGGCAAAGGGCCCUCUCUCUACGGCCAAGACCUAUCCAAAUUUGGAAUUUCCCGGACACAUGCUUAUCAUUCCCCUCAUCCAUUCUCCUACAUUCAACGCAGUUGCCGACACCGAAGCGCGUCAAAAUACCUAUCGCGAAAUGCAGCGUUAUCGCCAAGCGCUAAAUAACAUGGUGUGCGAAAAGAGCAAAAGCGGUCUGGGAUCAGUCACCUGGGAGGUCAGCCGCGGAAAUGGUAUUCACAUACACUGGCAAUACCUCCCGGUGGCCACGGAUCUGCUAUCCAAGGGGCUCGUCGAAGCAGCUUUCAAAGUAGAGGCGGAGAAUCUACAUUACCCCAAAUUCGAGCGCCCCGCACGCGAAGAUGGGGAGAAUGAACCCGGUGACUACUUUCGUAUCUGGAUAUGGCAGCCCGCAAGUGUCGAUUCAACGGACAAGGACAAUGAGUCAAAACCUAGCGGCACAGAGAAAACUCUCCUUUUGCCUCUAACACCAGAUUUUCGAUUCGACCUUCAGUUUGGUCGCAGGGUGAUGGCCAAGCUUUUGCGCCUGGACAAGCGAAUGGACUGGAGGGACUGUGCGCAGACAAAAGGCGAGGAGGAAAAGGACGUGGAAACAUUCAAGACUGCGUUUAAGAGCUUUGACUUUUCGCUGGAGGAAUGA